AUGGCGCACGCGAAAGCAGGAGCGUCUCUGCCGGUGCCCAACGUGCAGGCACUCGCUCAGACUUGGCAUGGAUCAGGCGAGCCGGUGCCUGUCCGGUACGUCAGGACAGAGGAGAUCGGCGCUGGGGAGGUCGUCGCCGGCUGCGCCAUCCCGGUCGUGGAUCUCAGCAGGUUGCUUGACCCGCGGUCGUCCGAAGUGGAGCUCGCAAACCUCGGCUCUGCCUGUCAGCACUGGGGUUUCUUUCAGCUUAUCAACCAUGGGGUGCCCGACGAGGUGAUCCAGGACGUGAAGAGAGACAUGAUGGAGUUCUUCAAGCUCCCGCUGGAAGCCAAGAAGGUGCACGCGCAGGUACCGGGCGGCCUGGAGGGCUACGGCCAGGCCUUCGUCUUCUCCGAGACCCAGAAGCUGGACUGGGCGGACAUGAUCUACCUCAUGAUCAGCCCCAAGGAGUCGCGGGACCUGAGGUUCUGGCCCACCCGGCCUCCCUCCUUCAGGGACUCCGUCGACAGGUACUCGGCCGAGACGGCGAAGGUGACGGCGUGCCUGCUGCGGUUCAUGGCCGCGGACCUGGGCGUGGAGCAGGAGCGCCUCCUGGAGGCGUUCCGGGGACAGCCGCAGAGCAUGCGAACGACCUACUACCCGCCGUGCAGGCAGGCCGCCGAUGUGCUGGGCCUGUCGCCGCACACCGACGCCACCGGCCUGGCGCUGCUCCUCCACGUCAACGACGUGCAGGGCCUGCAGAUCAGGAGGGACGGCAAGUGGCACGCCGUUGACCCUCUCGACGGCGCUUUCGUCGUCAGCGUCGGCGACAUACUGGAGAUUCUAAGCAACGGGAGGUACAGGAGCAUUGAGCACAGAGCCGUGGUCCACCCGGACAAAGAGCGCAUCUCGGCGGCGAUGUUCCAUCAGCCGUGCCCCAACACGAUGGUCGGCCCUCUGCCGGAGCUCGUGAAUAGAGACAGUGGCGGGGCGCGGUACAGAUCCAUGGACUACAUGGAUUUCAUGAAGAACUUCUUCGCGUCCAAGCUCGAUGGACGGAGGAGCCACAUGGACGCUAUGAGGAUCUACUAG